AGCUCCACAUACCGAACCAUCCUGGUCUUGUUCCCCACAGAAUGGGUCUAUUCCGACUCCUGGUGCUCUGCACCUUGGCCGUGAGCUGCACCACUACAUCUAUGCCCUUGAAGAUCCCCAGCCACUUGCCUUUCCACCUUCGUGGCUGCAAUGAUACAGAUAUGCUGGCUAUGGCGGCAUCUGUCCUGCAGGACAUCAAUAACGACCUAAAGGAAGGCUAUGUGCUGAGCCUCAACCGAGUGAGCGCUGUCCAAGAACACAGACAGGAUGGUCUGGGAUCUCUGUUCUAUUUCACACUGGACGUACUGCAUACUACCUGCCAUGUGCUCAGCAAGAAGCCGUGGAGGGACUGUGAGUGGAGGCACCUGCAUGAACAGGUGUAUGGCAAAUGCAAAGCAUUAUAUUAUGUGAACAGGCCACUAAGAAUUCUUUAUUUACCUGCUUAUAACUGUACUCUUCGCCCAGUUUCUCGAAGAAAGAUUCAGAGAAUGUGUCCCGACUGCCCAUCCCCCGCUAACUUGUCAGAUCCCAAAGUUCUGGAAACUGCCACUGAGACGCUUGCAAAAUUCAAUGAGAACAGCAAAUCAGGGCAAUAUUCUCUUGUCAAAGUCACCCGGGCUUCUAGCCAGUGGGUGUUUGGCCCCUUCUACUUUGUGGAAUAUUUAAUCAAAGAGUCACCAUGUAUCAAAACGGAAGCCAGCAGUUCUGGAUAUCAGCCCACUGACUCUGGGCCUGUUGGUAUUUGCAGAGGUUCUCUGAGACCAAGCGUUGACGAUAAGAAGAUUGCCAAUGUAAAUUGUGACUUCUUUCAAUCACAGAAAAACGAAUCCACGCACUCACCCUCCAAAGAUGUGCUAAGCGGAUCUGUCCAGUACCUUCCUGAUCUGGAUGAUGAAGAAUCUCAGGAAAUGGAUCCUGCUGAGGCCUUCCCUGUGCACCUGGAUCUAACCACAAAUCCCCAGGGAGAACCGCUCAAUGUUUCCUUCCUCUUCCAUGGGCCUAUGAUUAAGAAGCUGUUUGUCCUACCUUUCCCCAAAGAAGAACAACGCUCUGCUGAGUGUCCUGGAAAAGCCUCCAUGAGCAACCCUAUUCUUCUCCCACCAUGAGAACCACAUAGAGAAUUCCAUGAGGAUGUGGUGCCCUGCAGGAGAUGAGUGGUAGUGGGGAAGGGAGACAGAGAGACAGAGGAUUUGAACAUAGAGAAUAGCUAAUAAAGUGUGUCUUUUUGACUCUUCUUGGU